AUGUCUUCCGCUUCUGCCCGCGCAAGUCGAUACCAAUCUACCAUGAGCUCCAAGACAACCGCCAACUACACACAGCCAGAGGAUACCGCUAUACAGGCUGCUUUUAGAAACGCUACUCCAUAUAUCAUGCAACUAUUCCUGACUGAGAUUGACAAACUCGAUGUGUCCGGAGAUGGGCAAACUGAUGAAGCCUAUGUCGAAAGCCUGGCUGAACUGAAACAUGCCGUCGAGCUGAUACGCAAGCCCAAAGGCAACAAACAGCUCGCGAGGUUAUAA